AUGUUGAGAAAUGGAACCGCCGUGCGGCGGAUAUUGUUGCCUCCUACCAGAUUGAGGACAACCGAUCCAAUAGUCGAGGAAGAAGAGCUUUUGCCAGGCCCAGCAGAGCCAAAUUCUCGUUCCUUCGUGCCCGAGGAACAAGUUGACGAGCCUGAAGCAUGGACACCUGAGCAAAUAUGUCUCUGCAGUGCUAGGUGGAAGAGAUACCUGGAGAAGGUGCAAGUGUCGGCUCUUGGGGGAGAGGGUCAUGAGACAGAGCAGGACAGGUACCGGACUGUCUUGGAGAUGUUGGAGAGCGAAGAUGCCCGACUGGGGAAGGAAGGAUCGGAGGUUUCGCUGCAAAGAGAGAAGUGGGAGAUGAUGCAGCGGACUCGUCGAGUACGAGCUAGUCUUAGACCGCACCUCGACGAGCUGCAGGCCAUUGCCAACGCUGCUGAGAGGGUGCAGACGCACGAGACACGACUGGCCCAGAUGAAAACGGAACAGGAGGAGUGGCUGGAAGACAUUUCCAAGAAUCCCGGAUGGCUUUGCAGCUUUAAGAACGUCCGAAUCGGGGGCUUUUUUGAUGUAGACUCUGUGGAGGUUCGAGUUGUUACUGGACUUUCACACUCGAGGUACUACCUGGGCCACAGCGGCGGUGACUAUGUCUUUGAGUAUGGCGGCCCCGGAAUUACAAGUGGCGACGAAUACUGCCAGGGAGACGAGGCAUGGGAUCCGAAUGGUCCGGUAUGGAAGCAUCCUGGCUUGCACGGUGCAUUUGGCCUUGACCAGGGCGGUGCAGAGACUGCCAGCUUCAAGUUCCGGGGCUUAGUGCCACGGACCUGGAGAGAAUACUCGACAAGAUUUGAACUCGUCUGCAAAGAUGUCCUGCAGGUACUCGCCGCAUUCAUUUCCUUUGAGCCGGAGGGUGAUGGGCCCCUAUGGGGUGCCCAGUACCAGCACGUCCCGACAUUCUCUGAAAUCAACAUUCGGAUACUAGCCCAUGUGCGCGAUGCUUGGCGGAUGAGGGUUUCGCUCAAUCAUCCGUACCUUUGCUGGGCCCGGUCGAUUUUGGGCCAUCAUCCCCGGAUCUGCGAGUUCGCCUUCCUGGUCGAGCAACUGGAUGGAAGACUGAGCCGUGGACUUACCAGAGUGGCAAUGGCACCACUUAUCGAGACGGUAGAGUCGGCGACAGAAAGGGCCCUUGAAGAACUGCACGCCAUCUAUCAAGAUAUCCUGGGCAAAGAGGCAUUGAGGGAACUGCACGAAUCGAGAAAUAUUAAGCACUGCGUGCUUUAUGACAAGAAAGGCCAAGAAAUAGAGGUGAGGUCACAAUUAAUCCACACACCCUGA